ACUCACUCCACAAGCAUGCACAGAGGCGAGUGUUGGAGGCGUGCGCUGCCCUCCUUUGGUCUCUUCCUACUAAAGUCCUGGAAAAACUCCAGCUCUGCUUACUCUGGUUCUGAUCAGACCAAACCCACCAGCCCCCACUAUACACACACCCACACAGAACCUCGAGGGGGUCCACCUACUCUUAGCUGUCCUCCCACAGCGUCCCGAAAACAGAACGUCCGUUCCCAGUUGCCUCCAGACCGGCAGGAAUGUUUGGCUACCAAUCCUUCUAAUGUUUUCAAGAUGAUUUUGACCGUUAUAAGGAAAUCCCCCCAUUUGAGUAGCCAUUUGAAAUUCCUUCUGCUUUUUUACAGCACGGAAGUGUGCUCUGAGUCACUGGGUGAAAAGCGUAAACUGGCUGCUCUGUCUCGUCUACAGAGGCUUAACUGGCGUACCAGUGAGUACCGUAGCGCCUGAGCUUCUCGUCUUCAGGCCAGGCUUUCACUCGCUGAGACACAGGAGUGUGAGGUGCCGAGAUUUACUGCUUCAUUUUCAAUCCGUACAUUUAGCACCUGUUUUGUGGAGAAAAGCCAAGUGUGAGGAGUUGAGGGGAGUUCUGUGACCCUUACGAAGAUACAGGGAUGUUUUUGCUGGGUGAGUCUGUCAGUCAUUUUGCUCUUCAUUUUCGCCACCUCCCGAGUAGAUUUCUCCCCUCGCUUCAUUUCAGCGGGAGCCUGUGUGGCUGGCUUUGUGCGCCAAGAUUGUGGAACCAAGACAAUUGUUUCUCUUGGAUCGUGCCAGCAUGAUGAGAGCUUCCCAAAGCCUCCACCACAUGUUAGUGACUGAGAGCUGACGAGGCCAUAUGUACACAUUUUCCUCUGUACUCACUGUUUGAAAAUCUUAAAUUGCAUGUUUUCCACUUCUGGGAGUGUGUAUGAGAGAAAAUGUGCCUGUGAGCUUGGAGUAGAGAGGAAUUAGCUAGCGGGUCCAACUGUCACAUCUGUCGUUUAUCAGCAUAGCUGUUUGUGUGGCAUUCUCAUUGGCUCCUUCUGUUGCUCAACAGUGCCAAGGUGGGUUUCCACUGGAGCAAUCAAGGCUGAUAUUUAGUUCCCUGUAUUAGAGUAGGUACCUUUCUGAGAAGCAGGAAUUAGGGUAGAGCCAACUACAGAGAACAUUGCUGAUUGGUCAGACACAAGCUUCACAGAACGACAAACCCACUUGCCCACCUGCAUUUCGCUAACAGGCUAUUACUGAAGCCUGUAUAAUGUUAGAAGAGGCGUGGCAUGACCGACAAAGUGGAAUAGUUCUGUCACCCAUUUAUUUUUACCCGAGUAGCAAGUCAAAAAUAUAGCAGAAGGGUAUUUUGUACAUGCUGUUAGGCUGUGUAACUGCUGCUUGCCGCUGGCAGUUGUUUAGAUAGCUACAUCAAUGUUAACCUCAUAUUUAUGCAACAAAGCAAAACAAUCAAAACACAGUUUCAAUAGUACCAAUUUCAACCGCCUCUGUUCUCUUGAAUUCUAGUGUAAGAAUUCCCAGAAUUUGACUCCCGUCUAGCAUGAAUUACCUUUUCUCGGAUUUAUACUGAAGGAAAAACAUGUUGACAAUUCCGGCAAUAAAACUUUUUACAGUUUCUCUGUCUCUGCCACAUGGUUUGUGUUUGUGUUAGCAUUUUUCAACCAAACAGUGCAUAAUUCAAAUCUCUAUGUUAGUACUGUCACUUGUCUAUUUCAUAGGGCUUUUACUGAACACAAGAAGGAGCAAUUUUCUUUGGCCUGCAGUAAUGAUAAUCUGAGUACAGCAUUAAAAUACAAAAAAAUAAAUAAAAAAAAAUACUCUGUGCCUUUCUUGUGACUGAAUCAUAAAUGCUGUUUAUUCCUCACUGCAUAUGCUCUGGUAUGCUAACAUAUUACAGUACUGAGCAAACAUGGCAAAUAUGAUGCUGUUUGCGGAAUUUGGCUGAACUCAAACAUGGGGCGUUUUAUGUGGGUCAUGGGUAAAAAAAAAUAUUUCAAAUCAAGUUAAAUAUCAGCAACGUAAAAGCAUUACAGAGAGUAAAUAAACAAGUCCACCAGAAAUUACUUUUGAAAAAAGAAAGAAACUUUAUGCUAAAGUUGCUCUGCCAUACUUGCACAGUAGAAAGUUGACAAUCAAGGCGAUUAUUUGACUAUUCUGUUUAAUCUAACUCAAUUUCUGGCUCCACCUAGAAGUCCCUGUUUGUUGUACCAAGAGGAGUAACCAAAUUCAGCAUGGGUAUGGCCCAUUUAGCCAUGGAAAUGGCAACAAAAUAUGCGAGCAUGGAUUUGUUACAGUACCAUGCUGUCUGGUAGAAAAGUGUUAUUUGAACUUAUGUGCAGUUGUAUUUUUCUUCAGUGUGUAGAAUGAAUUUAGAGUGAUUCACCAUUGGUGUGAACAGAUGUAAGAUUCCAUACAGACAUUGCUUUGUUGGUUACUGCUUCUUUAAGUUAACUGGUUAUGCUUACCAGAUUUUCUGCACCCAAAUCAAAGCAUAACCACUUUUAAAAAGAUCACAAAACCGGUCUCAGAUCAGAAUAAAAUGGUGCUGUUACCAAUAUUGUGUGCUAAACAAAUCAUAUCUACUUUGUUUUCAUGUGACUGUGGAUGUAUUAGUCAUUUUUGUCCUUCCUGUCCUCAUGUCAGCUGCACAGUCACUUUUCAGCACGAAAACACAUGUGAGCCCAGCUGUGAGCAAUGGUUGUAAACAAGAACAUUUUGAAAAUACAUAUUAAUUGCAGUUGUAUACAUUUGUGUAUAGAGAUAAGCAAAGGCAAACCCUAAACCCUUAAUUCUAUAAAAGGAUCUCUAGCGCAGGCUCUGAUCAGGGCUCACGUGAGGUGCAUUUCCUAAGUGUCCACAGAAACUUUCUCUGGCACUGAUAAGGGCCGUAUGCCAAAGCUGAAAAUAAAUGCAGUCUGAGGGAGAAAACAGAGUGGAGGGGAAAACAGGCAGUUAUGAGAACUGGCUUAGCGGCAGUGAGCUCACUGAAGCCCAUGUCAUCCUUUUAAUAAGCUGCUAAGCAAACAGUGGCGUGGGCCCCAUUCGUAUUCUCGCACCCUAGACCUUUGCUUCAUUUGGCUGCCUGCUUUCCUUGGCAGCAGCCCCUAACCUGUUACUUUUGCUCCACUUUGGUCUGUGUGGGUGUGAUCAAAUUAUUAAAGUUGGAGAACUAGCACAGGCCGGAAGAGGGAGAGUAAUGUGGAGGGAGGGUGCGAUGAUGUGGCUGCUUACAACACCUGUUCACUGCAGGAUAUCCUCUACGCUAAGAGUGGUGUGUGUGUGUGUGUGUGUGUGUGUGUGUGUGUGUGUGUGUGUGUGUGUGUGAGGGAAUGAGUGAAAGUGAGAGAGAUAGAGAGAGAAGGAGUGAAAGAGACAGGCAAAGAAGACAAAUGCAGAGAUUGAAGGUGGUAAAAACAAUGGUGUGUGAGGGGUGGAGAGUGAAGAUGGAGAGGAAAGAACUCAUGCUGGACUGAUUAUCACACUGGCAGCGGAUUGAUGGGCAACUCCUCGGCCUCAUUUAUGGGGACAUUUCUGGCCAGCAGCCUGGGUUCCUCUCCCUCUCACCCACCUCACCCCUCCAGACCUCCGUCCUCCCCCUCUUCUCCUCCAUGCCGUGGAGGGCCACACUCCACUGCCUCCCAGAUCUGGUUCCCACACUCGCAUGAAGCAGCCCCAGGGUACCCACGCUUUUCAGGAAGUCUAGCCCACACAUUCCUUCCUAUAAGUCAUUUGGAUCACCAUACCAACAGUGGGGUUCUCUAUGGUCAACACCAUUUCUAUGACACGCAGAAAGAAAACUUCUACUUAAGAAGCCUUCCAUCCCAACCCACACUUAUUUCAGCCAAUCACAGCAUUCCACCCAUGUCAAGGACAGAGCCAGGGAACACCCAGGGCUCUUGCAGUAGGGACACAGGAAGUGUUGUGAACUUGCACAAGGGUCUUAAGGAAGCCAGUAUAGACAAAGGCAUGGUCUCAGGUACAAAGGACAAAGAAAGGCCCACCAGUAAGCAUGAGUCAAAAGAUCGCCACCCCCACAAUCAACAUCCGCAGCCUCAGCACCUCCACUCACACCAGCCUCAACACCAUUCUCAGCACCCUGCCACUAUGGAAAACAUGAGUGGCAUGGAGAGGCACAAGGCUUCCUUACUUAUGGAGUACAAGGACCAUUCUCAAAGCAUGGGUAAGCCUCUUAGUGCCUGUCUGCUCAAUGGGAAGGUGCAGAAUGGAGACUCUCGGCCUGGGGUUGGGUCCAAAGGAUCCAUGACCAGCUGUGGAGGAGAGAGCAUGGGCAGGGGUCCUGGAGACUCAACAAAUGCACAAGCCAGACACAUGGGUAACAGCACUACUGGGCGCUGCACAAAAGAAGCUGUGAGUGGGGAGAUGAGGAUCAGCGAACAGCCUCCUCCCGACUGUGUGGAGAGGGGUCAGGUGCUACACCAGUCUUUGUCAUACUCUGUGCCUCCUCCUUUGCCUGUGGGUUCAGCAACUGGUGGGGGGCAUCCAGGCAGCUUUCAUUGUUUACAGCUCCAUCCUAGUCAUCCACAUCACACCCAACACCCACACCACAGCCACCACUCCCACCAUCACCCAGAUUUUUUCUGCCCACCUCCUCCUGCCCCGAUAACCAAUCCUUCCUUACAUGAAAAAGGGAUUGGCAGUGGUGGAGCAAGAGAACCUAAAGCAACCAGGCCCACAUUUGUACCAUCUGUAGGCCACCUUGGGGAGAAAGCUGGAGGCCUCUUUCAACUGGGAAACCCUGAAUGCCAGGGGGUGGCUGGUGGGGGAAGCAGUACCAAAGAAAAGGCCAUGGAAAAGGCAAGUGGGGGUGUGGGGCAUCCAGGGAACUGGCACAGAAAACAACAGGAGCACCAACAGCAACAGCAGCAACCUCCACCACAGAAGCAGCAUCCCUACAGAAAAGCAGAAAAAGCUCCUGACUGGAUGCACAACAAUGAACAUCACUUACAACAACAGCAGCAGAACCAUCCUCAGCAGCAUCAGACUGUGCGAUCUCAUAGUGCAGACUGCAUCAAUGGCAUGGACACAGAGGUCUAUAGAUCUGCUCUGACACAGGAGCCCAAAACUGGCCAUCUGUUAACUCAUCUUAGUAAUGUUAACACACAAUCUUAUAGGGAUUGCUCACAUUCUGGGUCAACUCCUAACUCCUCACCCCUUGCUAAGACCAUGUCUCAGCAAGGGCCUGUUUCUGGAGGUGGGAGCUGCUCCAUGCAGAGAGAAGGCCAAAAGGUUGCCCGUAUCCGCCACCAGCAGCAUGGCAGAACGGGUUCAGGUGCUCCCUCAGCAGAGCUGGGCCAGACCAAUAGCAGUCAAGAGUUGAAGCGGAAAAUGGACAUGUCUCCAUACGGUUAUAAUAACAGUGGGCAGCAUAAUUCACAUCAGCAAUCACCUGUGCCACCAUGGGCAAUGCACCCCCAUCAUGUCCACCUGGAGGAGGAUCAGCGCAGGGCAUAUAUGGAGUCUGUCAGUGGAACUGCCAGUGGUAGGCAGCAGCCCCAUCAACACCAGUCAGCUGGAAUGGGUCCCCCACCUGCUCCUGCACAGAAUCAGCAGGAGGUUUUGGGCCCACAGGGAGAGGGUAGUGCUAUGAAAAACCUUCUUAAGUAUAGCAACCAGCAGCAGCCUCUCCUCCUGUCCCAGAAAACCCCAUUUGGAGGACUGGGAAGCCUCAAAACGGGACCUAACAGCACCAACUGCACCUUGCAGACUGGCAAAACAUCCCUGCCUUCCAGGAAAGUCGUAACCAAUGAGAGUGAACGGCAUGACUGUGGAGGACGGAGCAGAGAGAUGGGGGAGGUGGCUCAUGGAGAGGGGGAAGUGCGGCAGCCCCCUGUGGGUAUUGCAGUCGCUGUGGCACGGCAGAAAGAACCAACCUGCAGACCUCCUGACAACCAUCCAAGCAGCUGCCAGGGGCGGGUCCACUCUGGCAUGAAAGGUGCUUCACGGCCCAUGUAUCCCCCAGACUCAUCCAGAGAUGAGGAGAGGAAGAGAAUGAGUGGGGAGCACAUGGGGGUCAGUGGGGGUCAUCCAUGCCUGGACAGAGAGCGAGAAACAUUUAUCAGGGACAACAAGGAAAGGGUAGAAUUUGCAAGGAUCCAUCCCUCCAAUAGUUGCCGCGGUGACCUCCCCUCUCAUCUGAUGGUGCCUGGUGGCACUUCCCUGCAAUCAGGCCAGUUGGGAGACCCUGGUGCACAUGCCCACUCUGCGCACCACCACUGGAUGCCCCGCACAGCAAGUCCUUCCCUCUGGAUGACAGGUCAUUCCUAUGGUAUAAGCCACACUGGUCUCCACCAGAAUCUCCCUCCGGGUUUCUCUGCAACUAUGCCUGCUCCCCUCCAGCCUGUACUGCCCCUGCCCCAGGAUCCUUCUGCCCAGCUGGUGGUGUUACCCACUGAGCCUACUGCCCAUCCAGCCACUCAUCACUUGGAUGUGAUGGAGCAGCCGGGUCUAUGGCCCCCAGUGUACAGGGCCCGAGGGCCUCCCUCCCACAUGCAGCAUCCUGCUGUGUACUCUCGCUCCCAGUUUCUACGGCAACAAGAACUGUAUGCACUCCAGCAACAUCAGCAACUGCAGCAUCAGCAACAUCCUGGCCAUCAGCAGCCGCCUCAACCACCACAGCAACACAGAGGAGCACACAGCAUAGAGCCUCAGCACAGAAAUACUCACAACCAGAUGCAGAAGAAACCUGAGGACCAUGGAGCAUGUGGCAUGGAGUUGCAGGACAUCCUGUCUGAGCCCAGGAACCCCAAAGCUACCAAGUCUUAUACCUAUGGCUCUUCAAACCGGGCUUCAUCACCUCCCAGGGCCUCUGCUGCACACAUGUCGCCCUGCUGUCAGUCACCAUGCAUGCAUCCUCAUCCAAAAAGCACACCCUCCACCCCCUGCCCUGUCCCGAGUCCUGCCGCUACUGUACCCUGCUCCCCUGCUAUCAGCCCUGCCCCAUCACAAUUACCCAAUAUAACAGAAACUCAGGACAAGAGAGCAAAGGGCCAGCCACCACAAGACUACCCUCAGUCUAUGGAACCAGAUCUUCCACCUGGAUACACCUAUCCUGCAAUCGCCAUGGGAUACAGAGGUGGGCCCUCCCCACAGGAUGUACACCUGGCUGAGCCAGCUGAGCUAGAAGCCAUUCCAGUUGAGCCAGUUGAGCAUGCUCCAGCCCCUCUAUCCAGUAUUGGGGAGGGGCCUGAGUGCCAUGCGGUAGUAAGGCCCAUCACUGAGUCACAGUUGCCAGUGGAGGAGAAGAAUGAGGAAGAUUUGGCACAAGAUCAGGUACGAGGUGUGCUGGAGCAGAGUGGAGAACCAGAUCCAGUGGGCUGCUGUGUGCCUGCGGAGCAUGAACAAGCACAGGGAGAAGCAACGAUGCUCAUUUGCCACCCUGACGAGGCAUCAGCCUGUGAAACAGCACCCUGUUGGUUAGAGGAACCAAUACAUAAGGACUCUACCAUAGUCUGUCAGGAGGAAGGUGGCCAUCUUGAGCAGGACAAUGUUGUUUCUGAGCUGAAACCACGAACAGCACCAGCUCCAGAGCAUCCAUGUGUUCCAGUUAAUCCAGCUGACCUCCAACCCAGCACAGCCGCUGAGGUAGUGGCAGAAGAGACAGAAAAGGAAGCUCAGGAGGAAGACUGUGUACAGUUCCUCUCUGCUCCUUCAUCUCCUAUCAGUGCCACUCCUUUCCCACAGCCAACAGUGCCAAGUUAUUGGAGCCUGGAGCUCCUGAUUGCCGCUGCCUUCUGCGGAGACUGUCCUCCCCCCUCCCCACCUGCUUCCACCACUUCUCAGGGCUGUGCUGGCCCCUUCUAUGCCAGUACAUAUGGCAUGGAGCUCCUUAGUGAGCUGGCUGAUCUGGAGCGCCAACAGGAACACCACAGUGCAGACAAAAGUGAAGGACAAGAGCAACUAAUAUUUGACCUCCAGAGUCUCGCUACCUUGGCAGUGGCUCGUGCCCUGGAGUUGGACUCCAAGGCAAACAGUAUGGCAGAUGCUGAGAAGCAGUGUCCAGCCAAAAGAACCAUCAACCUGAGGCGGAAAUGCAAUUGGACCCCUCGCCAUGAGCCAGUUUGUCCUGUGAAGGGUGCUAUGGAUGCUAUAGACAGUCAGGAACUGGCUAUGCGAGUGAGGCUGGCAGAUUUGCAACGGCGUUACAAAGAGAAGCAGAAGGAGUUAGUCAAGCUUCAGAGGAAGCACGACCACCAGAAAGAGGAGACUCCUCGAAGUCCUGCACGUCGGGGCCCUGGUCGACCACGAAAGCGGAAAUCAACAGGUCUAGGGCCUGUGGCUCCCCCUGAGCCACAAAAGAAAGUCAAGACCGUGGGGGUGGUGCUGCUGACAGAGGAGUCUGGAAGAGGAGGCGGGGAUUUGAUGAAGAAGAGGAGGCUAUCCAACCGGAGCUUUAGCCGUCUUGGAGCUGUACAGGUUACUGUCCCUUCUUCAGUGAAGAUGCAAUCCACUCAAAAGAGCAGCCUCCACGAGCACCACAUGGCACAGCUGAAGUCCAAACCUGCUGUCAGUAGAACCAUCCGGGACCGUGAAACCUUGGGGUCUGCUCACUUGUACACUUCUCAGCGCAGCCCAAAAGUGGAUUCCAGACUCUCUAACAUGAUAGCCAACGAGUCUGAAGGCCAAAGUGACACAGGCAGUGGAGACAGCGGCACUCAGGAGAGCUGGAAGGGCCUGAGGAAUAGUAAGAAGAAGAGUGAGGUGGCUUUAAAUCGAGCAUCAGCCUGUGUGCAGCAGCCUCGGGCCAGAGGACAGGAUGCAACAGAGGACGGGGAAACAUUCGCAGAGGAUACAGAGUCCUCUGAGCAAGAAGAGGAGGAAGCAGAGGGCAGUUACAACAUCGAUGCAGGCCAUACCAUCAAAGUCCCACCCUCCAGGGAGCUCCCGUCCAGCUCCAUCCUAAAAGACCCCUCCCCUUCCUCUGUUGUGAAACUGGAAGUCAAUCAGAAGGCAAAGAAUAAAAGAGAACGGCAGGAGCUGUACGGUUCCCAGCUUCGGUCAAAUACAGAAGGUGAGGUGAAAGUAAAGAAAAGGCCCCACUGUAGGUCAGCACCAGACAAUGCAGCUAAGAGCUUGGGGGUGAGGAGGAGACCAGGUCGUCCCAGACUGCAGGAAAAGCUGUGGGCUGGUCACUAUCGUAAACCUGCAGGCCUCUUGUCUUUCUCCACCACCAGCGAGAGGCUGAGGAGAGCCACACGGAAGAGCUCCAUGCUCCGUGGAGUGCUUAGCAAGACGAAAAGUUGUUGGUCAGCUGUGGUCCAGUCUCCUCAGAGUGAUGACACCUGUAAACGGAGGACCAGAUUUAGACAGUCUAAAGGGCGCGCAGUCAGUCGUCUAUUGGAGAGCUUUGCAGCGGACGAUGGCUUCCAGCUGGGUGGAGACAGCAGCUUCUCCGAUGAGGAUGAGGAGAACUCUUCGUCAAGCUCUAGAAAUUUUCUGGCUCCUCCAAACUGUGUUCUUACCAAAGACUUGCUGAGUGAAGGGCUCAAAAUUCUCAUCAGUAAAGAAGAUGAGCUUCUGUACGCCGCCCGUGUGAGAACUCUAGAUCUGCCUGACAUCUACAGCAUUGUUAUCGAUGGAGAGAGAGGAAACCGCCCCAGAAUCUACUCCCUGGAGCAGCUCUUGCAGGAAGCAGUUUUGGAUGUGCGUCCUGAAACAGAGGCAGUGCUGACCGAAGGAACAAGAGUCUGCGCCUACUGGAGUGAGCGCUCACGAUGUCUUUACCCAGGCUAUGUGCGCAGGGGUGGCUCUAAUGAUGAGUGUAAGCCAGGUGGAGUGAUGGUAGAGUUUGAUGAUGGGGACAGAGGAUGGAUCUCCCUCCGCAACAUUCGCCUCCUUCCACCUGGAUACCAGAUUCAUUAUGCUGAGUCCAAUCCUACCCUGGUCUCCAGUGGUCGCUCAGACAAGGUUGUUUCAUGUCAAGAGGGAAGAAGCUCACAGAUUGACAGAUCAUCUGAGAAAACAUCUAGCACAGAGGAAGCCAAAACCAAGGAAAAGCAAAUGAGAAAACCAGGGAGACCUAAGGGUUCAGGACUGAAGAGGUUUAGCUCAGAUAGUGUAUCCAAAACCUCAGCAUCUCCACUUACCUGGCCAUCAGUAGCUCAGCCUAGAAAGAGAGCACCUGUCAAUUUGUUUCAACUUAAUGGUUCAGCAACCAAGAAGACCCUGAAGACCAGAGAGGGAGUGUUUCCUCAUGCUUCUGUCUCUGUGACAACAUCAGCCAAAUGCAUCUUCAAUAGCAGGUCGUUUGAGGUGGAUUCUUUUAGUAGUAUUGCUAAUGGCUACUCGUCUUUCUGCAGCCAGACCUCUGGCAUGCCUGUAGAGGGCAGGAGCAGCCCCUAUGGGCAGGGCAGAAAGUAUGAGGAAUCUGACAUGCCUCGGGGAAGGAAAAAUGAAUUCCUCAUCAAGCUGGAUCAUGAGGGAGUAAUGAAUCCCAAGAACAAGAGCAGCAAGGCUCUGCUGAUGUUAGGAGGGUCUGGGUUUGGUUCUAAAGGUAUAGGUGCUCCACCCAAGCCUGAAACGUAUUCUCACCCAGUCCUGUUGGUAAAGGACAAAAGGAAGGGAGACAGUUCUCGGGCAGAGCUCCUUCCAAUCCAGAGAAAGCCAUCUCCAUCCCUGCUAAUAGGCAAACAUGGAGACAUGGGCCUUAGUUGCCACAGGGACUGCCACAGCUCUUAUUCAGACAUGGAUGAGGAAGAUGAAGAAGAAGAGGAAAGGAGGAGAAGAAAUGAAUCAGUUCUGGUCCCAGCCUCUGGUGGCAUGAGGAUAGCUAGUCGUUUCCUCUCCCACCUCUCUGUUUCCUCAUCUUCUUCUGGGUCAUCUAGCUCUUCUAGUUCAGGCUCUAUUUCAAGCUCCAGUGUCUGCUCCUCUGACAAUGACUCCUCCUAUAGCUCUGAGGAUGAGGAGAACUCCACACUGCUCCUACAGAGCUGCCUCACCCCCCACCACUCCCUGCUUCAUCCCCAUAAAGCUCCCACUGGACCCCCACAGCACUCAUUUGUGGCCAAAGCUAUGGCUGUCUCCAGCGCCAAAGGUGGGAGUGUUGACAGUGCUGCCCGCAAGCCCCUGAGGAGGAAAGAGUGCCUAAGUUCAUCUUCCAAACCCUCUAAAGACCUGGUCAAGAGACAAAAACUACUGGCUGACCAUAGCAGGCCCAAAGUAUCUGCCUGCAUGCCACCAAGGCAACUGUGGAGAUGGUCCGGGAAUCCCACCCAGAGACGUGGGCUAAAAGGGAAAGCUCGUAAGCUCUACUAUAAGUCCAUAGUCCGAGGCAGGGACACGGUGCAUGUAGGAGACUGUGCAGUGUUCCUGUCGGCUGGCCGUCCCCACCUACCCUACAUUGGCCGCAUUGAGAGCUUCUGGGAGUCCUGGACCAGCAAUAUGGUAGUGAAAGUCAAGUGGUUCUACCAUCCUGAAGAGACCAAUCUUGGCAAGAGACAUCAUGAUGGCAAGCAUGCCCUCUAUCAAUCAUGCCAUGAGGAUGAGAAUGACGUGCAGACAAUCUCUCAUAAGUGCCAGGUUGUGAGCCGUAAGGAAUUUGAGCAUCUGAGCCGCAACGGGAAGCCUGGAAGCAACCUUCAGGACCUCUACUACCUGGCCGGCACCUACGACCCCACCAGUGGCCAGCUGCUCACUGCAGACGGAGUGUCUAUCCUCUGCUAGCUUUGGUCUGAGGGUAAUGACAAUCUAGCAUUUGCCUGAGUAGGAAUUUGAAGAGAGACCAACCAGUCAAGAUGGGGUAUUUCAAGAAUCGCAUCUGUAAUUAUUCCUAAGUUUAAAAGGAAUUGAGUUAUGUUGAGAUGCAUGGCUAGAAAGAUAAGCCCACAACCUCUCAGCCUCACAACCUGUCCUUGGUCUCCCAAAGACAAACUGCCACCACAGGUAGUUUGCCCGUGGUCCAGCUUCUCUGUAUAGUACAUCCAUGUUUAAUCUCACACCUUACAAUUUAACUUCAAAAAACCAACAUUCUAUUUAAAGUCACCAAAGCAGAACCCUUUUUCGGUUUUGGAAGAUGGCUGUCGUGAGAAUUCUACAGCGUAGAAAAAAACCAGAGACAAAGGCAGAGUGGUGUGCUUUCCCCCACACCAUGUGAUGAUUCCAGGGAUAUUUAAGUAAAUAAUGGAUUUAGUAUAUUAAGUUUAUGUAUGUGUAUAUUUAAGGAGUUAUUUACUAUCAAGCCAUACACUUCAGUACCUCUUACCUGUCUUCUUAUUCAGGUGUAUAGUGUACAGGUGCAUGCGUGAUCCGUUUUUUCAUUAUUAUUUUUGUCAUUGUUGUCUAUAUGUAUAUACAAAGUUAUUUUAUAUGGGUGAUGUACAGUACAUAUGAGGUUUAUUGUCUGAUGAUUGGAUUGAUUUAUUUUUCUAUGAGAAGAGAUGAACUGAAGAUGUAUGCAUUGCACUGCACAUUGCCUGCUGAGACAGAAAGAGAUGAUGUUACAAGUUUCAGUCAUUGUUAUGGCUGCACUUUGGGCAUUUAUUAAUCAUUUUUCUGUUUUGUUUUGUCUGCUCAUGCCAUUAUUUUACAUGUCCACUGUGCUUUUUACCCAAAAAAAGGAGAAAAGGUGGGGAAACCCUGUAAACAUUAUUUGAUGUUAUUUAACUGAGAAAUUCAUGUCUAAGAGGUAUAUCAGAAAAAAAUAAGUAAAUGGAAACUAUGGGAGCAGGUAUAAAAUACCUGUAAAUUAUUGCAAAAUAUAUUAAUUAGUGCUGUACAUCCUUCUGCAAUCAACAUAUUUCUUAAUAUGUUGUGCUGACUGUAUCCUAUUUUGCUUUAUUGAAAAUGUUUCAUACCAUUUCUUCCAACUUUCUUCUCAUCAGCAGUGGUAAUGGCAUAUUGAGGCAGACUGUUUUACCAAGGCCAAGGCAUUGAAACAAAGAAAUGGCAAUGUGCCAACCGUAACAAGAGCUCUUAGAGAAGCCGAUGAGUCGUUUGUCUUUAGGGACAAUCAUAUUCAUAAAAGAGCAAGCGUAGACUGUUUGACAGGCUCACACAAUCACAAGAUUCUUUAUUAGAUUUUUUUUUGUGUGCCAAAAACAUCUUGUUUUUAUUAUGCAACCUUCACUGUAUUCUCUAAGUAUUGAUUAUUAUUAUUUUUUAUUAUCUAUUUAUUGUCAGUGUUGCUGUUUCAUCACAAAACCAAACAAAAAUGUGACAGCGCUUAUUUAGUUUGUGUUGAACAUAGAGUCUCUUUAAAUCAAAGUGCAAUGGUCUGGCAGAGAGUACUUGUACAGAGGGAACACUGGACUAGUAUGCUGGUUUGUGCCUUGAAUUAUAGUUAGACCCUCACCUUCUGGCCCCCCAUUAACAACUUUUGUGGCCCUGCAGGGGAAGUGACAUCAUUCACUGACCUCUCCCUGACCAUAUAACCUUAUCCUCUGUGCUUUACAAAUGGACACCAAAAAUGUAUUUGUCUCAAUAUUCAGUCUAUUCAUUCGCCUCUCACCAUUAACCUGAAAGAAAAAGAGGACAUUUGAUUAUAGUUAGUUUCUUUACAAAAUGUCCAAUCUUGAUUUUUUUAAAGUGGGCAGUAAGGUUACACAUUAUGUGAAUAAUUUUAAACUUGACUUGACUCUUACAUAGGUUAUUUAUUAACUCUCUGCGUAGGCCAUACUAAUUGUAUGUUAAAUGUUUGCCUUUGUUUUACUGUCUGAUAAAGGAGGGCACUGGACUGAGUAAUAUGAAUGUACUUAGUAUAAAUUAAGAACGAACAUCUUCUGAAGACCUGUCUGAAUGGCACAAAAUUCUGAUCUUUUAUCGUGAAGGCAAAGUUCCAUUAGUUACAUUGUCCUACUAAAAAGAGGCAAAAAACCUGAUUACUGUUCCAUAGUAGAGGUCAGUUUCUCUUUUUGGAAGAACAGAUAUUAGAGAUUUUCAGAUGGUCUUGCCUUAGAAAUUGGUCACCUAUCAUAAUUUAAGAAAAGGUCAUUUGCCCAUUGAUAAAAGUGCAAUACUACUUUGACUCAACAUUUGAAUGAUGGUCAGCAAUUGUGGCGCUUCUAAUAAAGGCCAAUGGGUAAUAGGAAAUGAUCAGGAGGACGCGGGAACGUCUAUCCUAUGAAACCGUUUUCUUUCCAUUUCUAUUUUGAUUUGUACAUGGUAAAAUAUAUGUACCUAAUAUUCAGCCUGUCACAGAAUUUUUAUGUUUUAACAUUGAUGAAAGCAAAAUUAAGUAUAUUCUUUAUUGUCCUUUUUGUCAGUUUUAUUUCUCUGUGCUGAAAACUGUUGUAAAGAUUGUAAAUGUGUAAAGUAAGGUCUGAUUUGGGGAGUAAACAUUUUACAGAAAAAAACACUUUAUGAGUAUCAAGCUGUAAAUGUGUUUUAGUAUUAAGAUUUUUUUAUAGAGGGACUAUGAAUAAAUAUCAUGCUCAAAGAA